AAUUAUUUUUUUAACGCAUUUUGUAAUUUCGCCCGUUUAUGCACCGAUUUUUAUUGCUUCACGCUUAGAAAUAUCACGAAGUGGAGGCCAACGUCAUAAAAAGGGAUGGUCUCGUCCUCGUUCGGGAAAUGGCCUCGGAGGUGAAGAACAUGAUGGACUUUAAAAUGAACGCCGUGAUGAGAUUAGUGGAGAGCGCCGAGCAAGCCGCGGUAUCGACGCCGAGGGAAGGAAACGUGUCGCCCAAGUAUUACGCCUCGCAUCGGCUUAAUGCCUUCGUCAGUGAUGAAAAGGGUGGUCCGCAGGAGGUGUUCCUCGCUGCGAAUCGCCACUUUGAUCAUUUAGCAGUGAACGUUAGCUUGUCCGCCGUGCUCCUGCCAAAUGGAGUCAAAGACGAUGAGCGUGACGUUGCCUCGGGUAUUCAAUGGAGCGAAUAUUUGGACCUCUUGUUUGUUAAUAAUUACGAGAGCGACCCGACGCUGUCGUGGCAAUAUUACGGAGCGACAACAGGAUUCUUACGUCGAUUCCCAGCGAUAUCGUGGCCGCCGAUGGAGAGUACGUUCGGAUCAUCCAAGUCCUCCUCGCAUCAUCGGGCCGUUCGCGACGUGUACGAUUUCAGAAUGUCAAAUUGGUUCGUUGGGGCGGCAAAUAGUCCGAAGGAUUUAGCGAUAUUGAUCGAUAGCGCGACGUACACGUCCGAUCGGAACCGACGAUUAACGAUAGCCGCCACUAAGGUCGUCCUGGACACCCUGGGGCCGGACGAUUACGUGAACGUAUAUCGCUAUGGCGAGAAUGCCGAGGAAAUCGUGCAGUGCUUCAAGGACAGCCUGGUGCAGGCGUCGCCAGAGAACAUUCACGAGAUGAAGGUGGCUCUAAGCACUGUGAAACAUGAGGACUCCGCGACCAACAUCUCAGCCGCGCUCAGCACCGCCUUCGAGAUCCUUCACAAAUAUAAUCGUACCGGCCAGGGGAGCCAGUGCAACCAGGCCAUUAUGUUGAUCACCUCCGACACCGACGGCCCACCCACGGAAGUGAUAAAACGUUACAAUUGGCCGCAUAUGCCCGUUCGAAUCUUCACCUAUCUUAUCGGUGGCGACAAGAGUCCCGAUCUCCGGAACACGGCCUGCACCAAUAAGGGCUUUUAUGCGAGAAUAACGAACGCGGACGAGAUCCAUAAUAAAGUUUUCGAGUACGUGAAGGUUUUAGCACGGCCUAUGGUACUCUAUCAGCAUGAUCAUCCUCUUCACUGGAGUCCCGCUUACGUAGGCGGAAAAAGUAGUAGAUUCGGCAGAGAAAAUCGGGGCCAGCUGAUGACCUCCGUGACAGCUCCGAUUUUAGAUCGCCGAAAUUAUACGGUGAAAACGGCCAAUUUAUUGGGUAUUGUCGGUACUGAUGUACCUGUCGAGGAGAUUCAGAAACUCGUGCCGCCUUACAAGUUAGGAGUUAAUGGAUAUUCGUUUAUUGUUGACAAUAAUGGCAGAGUUCUGUAUCAUCCUGACCUGCGGCUUCUCCCUGGAAACACAGAAUAUGAAGAAACGUUGAAACCUUCGUAUAUAAGUGUAGAUCUAUCGGAAGUUGAACUCGCAGAAUAUGAUGGGCCUUCGGCUCUCCCGAACAAUUCGCUCCUGCUUGAUCUGAGACGCGAUAUGAUCGAUCAAAAGGAAGGCGAAACGGACUUUACAAUCAAAAUACAUUAUGACGAUAUGAAAAGAGUUACGAUUAGGCGGCACAAUUAUUUUUACAAGCCAAUCGAGGGUACUCCGUUUUCCUUAGGCUUGGCUCUUCCAGAAGGUUACGGGAUGUUUGAAGUACGGGCCGAGCAGGAAAUCAAACUCACUAUCGUAAAUGUAACGGAGUAUUUCAAGGGAAGCAACUGGAAAGUGCAUCCCGAUUGGGUUUACUGCGAAUAUAAUUCGGCUUCCGAUAAAAUAUUUUCCUCCCCGGAAGAACGCGUCGUGCACUUCCUGUCACGAACGCGCAGGCCGGGAUGGAAAUGGAUGUCCUUGAGACCAAGGAGUCCAAGCUCGCAUCACAAGCAGGCGAGCAAGCCGGAUAAAGAUUCUUAUUAUUGUGACAAGAAAUUAGUGCAGUCACUGGCCCUGGAUGCUCUAGUGACGAACGGAUUCGAUAAAAGGGAAGCGCAAAGGAUGCACAAAGAGGAGAACGAAAACCCUAUUGCCAUACUGAUGGCUCUACUGCACAGUCAAGGCAAGGGUAGAUUCGGCGUCACCAGGAGCUUCAUCGCGACCAGAAGCGGACUCCUGCGAUGGCACGAGCAUCAGCAGAAUGACGGAACCACCGAGGAACCACAAUUCGCUGAAAGACAUGCGAGGGCCAUGGAUUCGUCGUGGUACAAACGCGCGGUGGAUCAACACUCUAUAGAACCGGAAAGCUUCGUCUUCAGCGUGCCAUUCGACGCAGCCGAUACAGCCGAUCCACUCGUUACCGCCACCCAUGCAAUUUUCAUCGGAAAAGGUCACAAAGCUCCAGCGGCGGUGGUGGGUUUGCAAUUUCAACACUCAUCCUUGGCGACUCAUUUCGUGAACAUUACUUCGACGUGUACCGGUAUGACAGGAUGUAAAAAAAAUUGCGCUUCGGAAGAGCUUGACUGUUAUAUCCUAGAUAACAAUGGAUUUAUUAUCAUAAGCGAGCGUCACGAGCAUACCGGAAAGUUCUUCGGCGAGAUAGACGGAACCAUAAUGGAUUCCUUGGUACAGGAUAGAAUAUACAGGAAAGUGACUGUUAUCGAUUAUCAAGGAACUUGCAGUCCCCAAGAAUCUCAUCAGUCAUCAGCGCCGCGAAGUCUAUCUGAUUCCAUCAUAAAGACAGCGGUGGCAUUCGGCAACUUUCUUUGGACGUUAACUUUGAGUCUCAAUAUUCAAGACUUGUGGCGAACGACAUUGGCGUUCGCUAACGACGUGAUGGACGACGAUCUGGUAUUCACCGAUGACGAAGAGACCCGUGAUUUCGAUUCGCUAACGCCUGCUGAUUCGACGGAGGAGGUGACAUCGGAUGAGAACAACAUGUACGUAAGAUUUCCAGUAAUCGCACCGGCGACACCAGCCUCGCCACCGACCACUCGAGCCACUUCUGCUCAUUAUCCAAGAAAAUUGCGCGCCUGCGAGAAGAAGACGGAUUUGUAUAUCCUGCAACCUGAACGGCUCAACACCAGCGGCCAGAGCAAUCCUUUAAAAGGGAAACUCACCAAUUGCCAUGUAACCGGAUGCGAAAGACCGUUCAGCGUCCAAAAGAUCCGUCACACCAAUCUAAUAUUGCUGGUGGUCGACACUCUGUGCCCAUGUGGUAGUAAACAGUUGAGUAUCGAGCCCAUCGAGGCAUUGACCGAACCUGGGGCAUGUACGGCGAGGAGGGAACGUCUCUAUCGACGAAGACCACCGAAAUGCAUAAACUACCAUCCCGAAGAGAUGGAGAUCAAAUUUUGCGGUAGCGCCGGCCGUCUCUUCAACUUCUCAUCGUUGAGUCUUACAUUUUUCUUAUUCAUCAUUACAGUGCGACUUGCGUGACUUUGUCGGGAUUAAUUAAUCGCGCGUGUACAAAGCGCGCAGGAUAUGCACACGUACACACGCACACACAUACACACGUACACAUACACGUGUUCACAAAUUACCUUUUUAAAAUGGAUUUAGCGUUGUCGUUUCGAUGGAACAGUUAUAAAGAA